AUGGACGACCGCGAGGACCCCAUUGCACAAUUCUUCCCCGACGCAGACGACGUCGACCUCUACGACGUACUGUCUGUCAAGUCCGACGCGUCCCCCGACGAUAUCAAGAAGGCCUACCGGAAGCUCGCGCUCAAGUUCCACCCAGACAAGCACUCUGGCGCGAGCGAGGACGCCAAAGCCGAGGCGUCGCUCAGGUUCCAGCAGGUCGGGUUCGCGUACGCCGUACUCUCUGACGCGAAGCGCCGCGCGCGCUAUGACACCACGGGCAAGACGGACGAGGGCGCGGACUUUGGGCCGGGCGAGGACGGCUGGGAGGCGUACUUCGAGGAGCUGUACGACCGCGUUACGCGCGAUAAGCUGGACGACUUGAAGAAGGAGUAUCAGGGUUCGGCCGAGGAGGUGGCGGACCUCAAGAAGGCAUACGCGGAGACCGAGGGCUCGAUCGAAGACAUCAUGACCCACAUUCCCCAUUCGACCCAUGAAGAUGAGGCCCGGUUCAUCAUUACCAUCACCGACCUCAUCAAGCAGGGCGAGCUCACUUCUUUGCCCAAAUGGGAAACGAGCACGAAGGACGAGAAGGCAAAGCUCGUUCGGAGAAAGCAAGCGGACAAGGAGGCGAAGGAGGCAGAGACACUCGCCAAAGAACUCGGUGUAUGGGACGAGUUCUACGGGAGCGGCAAGCCGGGCGCGCGGAAGUCCAAGGGCAAGGGCAAAGGGAAACAACAGGCGGGCGGCGAAGAGGAGGAGGACACUUCAGCUUUGCAAGCUCUCAUCUUGAAGAAGCGGAAGAAUAUGGAUAGCUUCUUCGACAACCUUGCCGCAAAGUACACGGACGCGGCGCCCGCGCCAAAGGGGGGCAAGAAGGGCAAGAAACGCGCGAAGGAUGCGGAGGAAGAGGAGGACGAACCCUCUGCGUCGCCAAAGAAGAAGUCAAAGAAAGACAUCCCACCACCUCCUGAGAUCGACGAGGCCGAGUUUGAGCGGGUGCAGCAGCGGCUCAUGGACUCGAAAGCCAAACGCGGAGACGGUGGCGCCUCGUCAAAGCCGUCUUCGGCCAAGGGUCGGGCAGCCAAGGGACGCAAGGCGAAAUGAUCUCCAUUCGUCGGAUAUUGUAGGAUACUUGUAAGUUUGUAUGUUCUCGCAUUUGCUAUCUUAUGUUAUUAUGUU